AAACGCUACGAUCUUUGUCUUUCCGUGAUUUACCACGGCGAAUGUCUCGAGUGACUUUCAUUUAACGAGACAUAUAUAUUGUAUAGAAUUAUAAUAAUAACUUUCGAUAUUGUAAUUUUCUUAAAUGAGGAAGAUGAUGAAGAAACUUGAUUUACGAAGAAUUUUAUUCAUGGAAAUUUUAUAUGAGGGAGUGAAAAGUGAAGAAAAAGUGCAGGAAGAGUUUAAAAUACGCACAUGUGAUAUAAAUACGUAUGACAGAAUCAAUUGAACGAGAUGAUGUGAACAUUAAUAAACAAAACCAUCAAAAAUAUAACAUGGGGGACGAAAUAUCAAUAUUUUUAGUAGUGUUCCUUGCAAUUGGUGGUAUAAUAAUGAUGAGCGCAUUGUUGGCCUGCUACGCCUGUAUCUUCCGUGAUCUGUGUUGUAGAGAGGAUAGAUCAAAAAGAAGACGACCUCAAAGUCCUCACCAUGAACCCGAUGAUCCUAACAGACCCAGAUUGGAUGCAAUACUUUUAAACGAUAUUACACAAGGAGAAAGUAUGCCUACUGAAUCUGAGAAAGUUUAA